AUCGUCAUGGCCGUGUCUACGGGAGGUAGGAGCAUCAAUCGUGUGCUCGAUCGACCCAUUGGUCGCGGUGUUUGAGCUCAUUGUCGUCGCUCUUGUCACUCUACAGUCACUGAGGACACAUUGAAUAUCCCGUACCUUUAUGAGCCACCAAUCGCCACAUCCGUACAGCCAUCAAGACUCUAUUCGGCAUGUCCUUCAACUGGAGCUCCCCACCAGACCCUUCCCCAAACCGAUACGGAUGUAUGAUGCCAACUUGUUAAGAGAUAUAGGCAGCAUGGGAAGCAUGUAGCCGGUUUGCGGUCUCACCACCAUCGUUUCACAGUCGGAGUCAGGUUCAAGGUCCAAGUCGGCACAUUAUUCUGUUUUCUGAAAGGAUAUAUUAGAUGCAAUGAUGUGUGUCAUUUACACAUAUUCUUGUGCACAACUGAGCCUCAUGCGACGAGCUAUUACCUUCACGGAGCAGAAACUCGAAAUGUCAUUCUCAACAAACCAAGAACCCCGCCUGAUCAUCAUCGGAGGCGGAGUCGCGGCAAUCGCCCUCGGUGUGAAGUUGAAGACUGGGUUGGGCUAUACAAAUUUCACUGCCUACGAGAAAGAGGAUGGCGUCGGGGGAGUCUGGCGCACCAACACCUAUCCAGGGGUAGGUUGCGAUGUCGACUCGCACUUGUACUCGUUCUCAUUCAAUCUUAACCCCAACUGGUCUCGACGGUUUGCAGAUCAGGCCGAGAUUCUUCGGUAUAUGGAUGAUACUGUGGACAAGUUCGGCAUCCGCGAUCACUUUGUCUUUCGUACCAAGGUCACAGAUGCGACGUGGAUAGAAGAGAAAGGAGUAUGGAGAGUCGGUCUAUACGACCUCGACACAAAACAUCAUUUCACCAGGGAGGCGGAGAUUUUGGUCUCCGGCUGUGGCGUGCAGUCCUAUCCCAAGGCAUGCGACAUACCAGGGAGCGAAAAGUAUCAGGGAACGAUCUGGCACUCAGCUCGCUGGAACCACGACUAUGAUUUACAAGAUCGUCGCGUUGCUGUUGUCGGCAAUGGAUGCUCGGCUGCCCAACUGGUUCCGCACCUGGUCAAAGAUGCCUCACAAGUUUAUCAAUUCCAACGUUCGCCCCAAUGGAUCAAUGAGCGGCCAAACGGUUAUUUCACCGGUUUCGAUAAAUUUUGUUUCCGCUAUCUGCCCCUGUGGAACAGGCUGUACCGAUUCUACUUGUGGAAGACCACUGACGCACUGCAUGAACUCUACACCUCUGAAACGCCGCACGCUAUCAAAGCCCGAGCGGCGGCACAAGCGGCAACAACAGCUUAUAUGAAGAAAACAGCCCCAGAAAAAUAUCACCAUCUUCUGAUUCCGGAUUUUCCUCUGGGAUGCAAACGUCGGGUAUUUAAUCCAGGAUGGCUGGAAUGUCUCUACAGCCCCAAUCUCGAGCUUACCAAUGAGAAGAUCAUCGAGUUUACAGAACAUGGGCUCAAAACGGAGAAGAGAACGAUCGACGUGGAUGCUGUCGUUUUGAGCACCGGGUACAACAUGCAAGAAUUUCUCUCGCCUAUCAAGGUGGUCGGCCGCGACGGCCUCACACUCUCUGAUCACUGGAAGAAGACUCGUGGCGCGCAGGCCUAUAAGGGAACGUUCGUCAGUGGCUUCCCUAACUUUGGAAUUGUGUUUGGGCCGAAUUCCUUCCCUGCGCACAAUUCGGUCAUCUACACCAACGAAGUUCAAGUCGAGUUCAUCAUCAAAACGGUUAUUCAGCCGAUCGUGGCCGGGAAUUUCAAGACUAUCGACGUCAAAGAGACUGCAGAGAAUAUCGACGCAAAUUUCGUUCAGAGGAGGCUCAAGACGAUGGUCUGGAGUGCCAACUGUACGAAUUGGAAUCGGGAUGCUCAUGGACGUAACACCACCAAUUACCAUGACAGCACCUGGAUGUUUUGGUAUCGUUUGUACUGGCCGGCUUGGAAGGACUUCAACGUGUCGGGUGGAAAGGGCAAACAGCCAAUCCAUCCUGGGUGGAAGUUGGCCGUCAACGCACUCGGCUUUGGUUGUUUGGCAGAGGCCGCAUUCUACUUUUCUCCAACUCUGUUGAAGGCAUUUGCCAACCUCAAAGCACACUCAUUGUAGAUAGCCGACUCAGAGCGGGGUGAAACACAUAGCCGAGAUACUAGUUGUUUGCUCGAAUAGGCUCACGAGGCUACCAUCAAAAUUGCGACUAUAAACC